UUCUAAGUGUUAUUCUGGCGUGGCAAUCAAAUCAAUUCCCAUCCCGUUUUGACCCUCCGUCAAUUCUCCUGUCAAUUGCUUCGAGCUCCAAUGGCGCUCUAUUUGUCGAAAUACGGAAAAAUUUUGCCCCAUUUGCAACGCAAAAAGGGUUUCUUGGGACUGAUCAGUCGCAGCCCAUGGAGUUCUCGCUUCCGCCAAAAUGGGGCUGCUCUAUCCGACAGUAGCAGAACCUCCCACGCCGUUUUGUGCGAAAUCCCGAUCGUCUUCACCUCCCGUCGAUUCGAGUCUGUUAGAGCUGAUAAGGAAUUGAUUCCUCUGCAAAGUGCCAGUGAUCCUCAGGCGCUAAAUUUCCCGGGGGGAAUAGUUAAGUUUACGCCUGAACUGAAAUUCCUAUCCGAGUAUCCGGAGGAGAGGAUGCAUUGCUACCGAGUUCUUGGAGAAAAUGGGGAGAUAGUUAGCAGCAACUUUGUACAGAUAGACAAAGACAUCGCUUUGAAGAUGUACAAAGACAUGGUUACGCUUCAAACUAUGGACACCGUCUUCUACGAAGCCCAGCGACAGGGAAGAAUAUCGUUCUACGUCACAGCAAUUGGAGAGGAAGCUGUUAACAUUGCAUCUGCAGCUGCGCUCAGAAUGGACGACCUCGUCUUCCCUCAGUAUAGGGAAGCCGGAGUUUUACUGUGGAGGGGAUUUACGAUACAAGAAUUCGCUGAUCAAUGUUUCGGGAAUAAAAAUGACUACGGGAAAGGCAGGCAAAUGCCCGCACAUUAUGGAUCGAGCAAGCACAAUUAUUUCACGAUUGCUUCGACGGUUGCGACUCAAAUUCCCCAUGCCGUUGGCGCUGCUUAUUCGCUGAAGAUGGACGGACAAGAUGCUUGCACGAUUACUUAUUUCGGCGACGGAGGCACUAGUACGGGAGAUUUUCAUGCUGCGAUGAACUUCGCUGCCGUGAUGGAGGCGCCGGUCAUUCUUUUUUGCCGGAACAAUGGAUGGGCCAUCAGCACCCCGGUUGACGAGCAAUUUCGAAGCGACGGAAUCGUUGUUAGAGGUCAGGCCUACGGAGUUCGUAGCAUCCGCGUUGAUGGUAACGAUGCCCUUGCUGUGUUCAGCGCCGUGCAUGCAGCCCGGGAGAUGGCGAUCUCUGAAUCCAAACCUGUUCUAAUCGAGGCCCUUACGUACAGAGCGGGACAUCACACAACAUCAGACGACUCUUCUAGAUACCGUCCAGCCGAGGAGAUCGAAUGGUGGAGGGCAGCUCAGGAUCCGGUGGCAAGAUUUCGGAAAUGGCUCGAAGGAGAAGGCUUGUGGGAAGCUCAGUCGGAGGCUGAACUCCGAGCCUAUGCUCGGAAUGAGGUGCUUCGAGCAAUUCAAGUUGCCGAGAGAAUCAACAAACCGUCUGUGGAAGAAGUUUUCACAGAUGUGUACGAUGUGCCGCCUCCGAACCUCGCGGACCAAGAGAUAUCCCUCGGAGAGACGAUUCGGAGGCAUCAACUGGACAGUUCUGUCUAGGUAAGAUUGCUAUGGUGUAAGAAAUAAAUCAUAGGAACAUCUAUGGCUACUUGCUGUGUUAAUUGAUGCAGCUGUACGCAAUCACUAGAAAAACUGUUAUUUGGGGAAAUUUAUACAUUUGCUCAAAUGUGAAAUGCUCAAACA